UUGUGCUUAAGACGCCCAAUUCCCAUUUGCAGCUGGGUGAAGUGGUUAGGCUGAAAGGGGAAGGCUGGAGUCAACAACUUAAUUCAAAUAUCUGGGAACGGUUUCGCGCUCUGCAAGACCCUCUAAGAUUUGUUGGUCCACCCCAGGGCGGACUCAGCGACUGACAGCUGCCGGAAGUGAGGCAGAGCGGAAUGGCCGCUGCUGCGACCAUGGCGGCAGCUGCCCGAGAGCUGAUGUUGCGAGCCGGGGCCUCAGAUAUGGAGGAGGAGGAGGGCCCGCUGGUGAGAACGCGGGGCUAUUUCUCUUGCGGAGUCUUGUCCGGUGGUCCUCGCGUCAGAAGGGCCCGGGCUGAGCUAGGCACAAGGGUGGGGGAGCGGCUGCUACCGGUGAUGCUACCUGUGUGGCUUUCCAUAUUCCUCCUUGGGAUCGGCCUGAGUCUGAGCGGGAAUCAGAAUGGCCGAGAGUCAGGUUCCAGGGGCAGAAUUUCAAUUAACUUCCAGAUUUUGGGGCGGAAUAGAGAAGCAGUGUAGUGUAACAGUUAAGAACAUGGUUUAUAGUCAGAUUGCCUGGGUUCUAAUUCCAGCUUUGCCUCUUGAACGCUGUGUGUCUUUGGGCAAGUUGACCGGCUUCUGUGUCAUACUUUCCACACCUAUAAGGUGAAAGAAAUAAUAAGACUUAACCAUAUAGAUCGUUGGUUAUGAUUAGAUGAAUGAUGUAUGAAAGAUGGUACCUGGCACGCAGGGGGGUGGUCCUGGUCUUCAGGAGCCAUUACAACUUGGAGAAUUGGACAUCUCCUCUGACGAAUUCAUCCUGGAUGAAGUGGAUGGGUGUGGAUCUCCGUCAUUAUUCCAAGCAGGUUGAGCUGGAGCUACAGCAGAUUGAGCAGAAAUCCAUCCGGGAUUAUAUUCAAGAGAGUGAGAACAUAGCAUCUCUGCACAACCAGAUCACAGCCUGUGAUGCUGUUCUUGAGCGCAUGGAGCAGAUGUUGGGAGCUUUUCAGAGUGACCUCAGCUCUAUCAGUUCUGAGAUCCGGACACUGCAGGAACAGUCAGGAGCCAUGAACAUUCGGCUUCGAAACCGCCAGGCAGUUCGGGGAAAACUUGGGGAACUUGUCGAUGGUCUGAUAGUGCCCUCUGCUCUGAUCACGGCAAUUCUGGAGGCGCCAGUGACAGAGCCCAGGUUCCUGGAGCAGUUGCAGGAGCUGGACGCCAAGGCAGCUGCAGUCCGAGAGCAGGAGGGUAGAGGGACAGCGGCCUGCGCUGAUGUCAGAGGCAUACUCGACCGGCUCCGGGUCAAGGCGGUGACGAAGAUCCGAGAGUUCAUUCUUCAGAAAAUUUAUUCCUUCAGAAAACCAAUGACCAACUAUCAAAUCCCCCAGACGGCCCUGCUGAAGUACAGGUUCUUCUAUCAGUUUCUGCUGGGCAAUGAACGAGCAACAGCGAAGGAGGUCAGGGAUGAGUACGUGGAAACACUGAGCAAGAUCUACCUGUCUUACUACCGCUCUUACCUGGGGCGGCUCAUGAAGGUGCAGUACGAGGAAGUUGCUGAGAAGGAUGAUCUAAUGGGUGUAGAAGAUACAGCAAAGAAAGGAUUCUUCUCGAAGCCUUCCCUCCGCAGCAGGAACACCAUCUUCACCCUGGGGACCCGUGGUUCUGUCAUUUCCCCCGCUGAACUGGAGGCCCCCAUCCUGGUGCCCCACACUGCCCAGCGGGGAGAACAGAGGUAUCCAUUCGAGGCCCUCUUCCGAAGCCAGCACUACGCCCUUCUAGACAAUUCCUGCCGUGAGUACCUUUUCAUCUGUGACUUCUUCGUUGUGUCCGGCUCGGCUGCACACGACCUCUUCCAUGCUGUCAUGGGUCGCACGCUCGGCAUGACCCUGAAACACCUGGAGUCCUAUCUCACGGACUGCUACGAUGCCAUUGCUGUUUUUCUCUGUAUCCACAUCGUCCUCCGGUUCCGCAACAUUGCAGCGAAGAGGGAUGUUCCUGCCCUGGACAGGUACUGGGAGCAGGUGCUUGCCUUGCUGUGGCCACGAUUUGAGCUGAUUCUGGAGAUGAAUGUCCAGAGUGUCCGAAGCACUGACCCUCAGCGCCUUGGGGGGCUGGAUACUCGGCCCCACUAUAUCACACGCCGAUAUGCAGAGUUCUCAUCUGCUCUUGUCAGCAUCAAUCAGACAAUUCCCAACGAACGGACAAUGCAGCUGCUGGGACAGCUACAGGUGGAAGUAGAGAAUUUUGUCCUCCGAGUGGCAGCCGAGUUCUCCUCAAGGAAGGAGCAGCUUGUGUUUCUGAUCAACAACUAUGACAUGAUGCUGGGUGUGCUGAUGGAGCGGGCUGCAGAUGACAGCAAGGAGGUUGAGAGUUUCCAGCAGCUGCUCAAUGCUCGGACACAGGAAUUCAUUGAAGAGUUACUGUCUCCCCCUUUUGGGGGUCUGGUGGCAUUUGUGAAGGAAGCUGAGGCUUUGAUUGAGCGUGGACAGGCUGAGCGACUUCGAGGGGAAGAAGCCCGGGUUACUCAGCUGAUCCGUGGCUUUGGUAGUUCCUGGAAAUCAUCAGUGGAGUCUCUGAGUCAGGAUGUAAUGCGGAGUUUCACCAACUUCAGAAAUGGAACCAGUAUCAUCCAGGGAGCUUUGACCCAGCUGAUCCAGCUCUAUCAUCGCUUCCACCGGGUGCUCUCGCAGCCCCAGCUCCGAGCUCUCCCUGCCCGGGCUGAGCUCAUCAACAUUCAUCACCUAAUGGUGGAGCUCAAGAAACACAAGCCUAACUUCUGAUGUGCUGGACCCUGGGAUCCACCGGCCUUCUCUAUGGACUUCUGUACCCCGUCCCAGACUCUUCUUCACCUGGGGUUUCCUUACCGGUUUUCCACCUGCCUCCCAGGUCCUUGACAUGCCUUACCCUGCCUUCAUUCUCUGGACCCUGCCUCAUUAGGAUAAGCUGGAUCCCCUUGUUUUCAGGUGUACUGAAACCUGGGACCACUUCCCCCGGGCUUCCAAAACAGCCUUUAUAAUUUUCCCAAUUUCACUACCCCUCACCCCCCGCACCCAAGUUCUCUUCCCCCAGUAAAACCUUCACUGUCUCAAUCUUUGGUUUACUCAACUCUUGUUAUCAUGUCCUGAGGCGCAAAGCCUCAACUCUUGGAAUUGGUGGCAAGGCAAGUCAUUGAUUUUUUUCCCUCCACUCAGUGAUUUCUUUUCUGUAGCUUUUUGACCUAAGAUCUCAGAAACCUGAACACUAACCAGUCCCCUCCUGGCUUGAGAGUUACUCCAAGGCCAGUCUGCAGAAAACAAUAUUUAAUAUGACAUAA